AUGAAGCUGCUAGUCGUCGCUUUGUUGACAUUGAUUGUUUUGAUAAAAACCAACGAGUGUACGAGCAGCUGGUUCCCGGAGAAUCUUGUGCAAACCAUCGCGAAGGAGACCUCUCUAGUCAAGGACUACGUUAAAGAAAAGGGACGCAGCCUGAAAAAGUUCUACAUCGACAACUUUCACAGUAAAAUAAAAUCGUACUUCAAUUUUCUUCAUCGAAACGAUGAAACCGUAAAGGACGACGGUAAGCAAGCGAGAAUAAAGAGGAAGUUCAAGGAUUACAUAGAAGAUGCCGAGGCGAACGAUAAAGUUGUAUUCGACUCGAUCGCUCCGAAGUUAGACAAGUAUCCGUGCUCCACCGACGACCCAGCUAUACACAUGACAACGCCGCAGUUGAUCGCCCUCCACGGAUAUACUUCGGAGUCGCACACGAUUGUCACCGACGACGGUUACAUACUGACCAUGCAUAGGAUACCGCACGCGGGAAACGUUACCGUUGCACCGGUUCCCCGAAAGACGGCGCUGCUUCACCACGGUCUUCUCGGCAGCUCGGCGGACUGGGUCAUUCCGGGCCCCGGGAAAGGUCUCGCCUACGUAUUGUCCGACGCCGGCUAUGACGUGUGGCUCGCCAACGUCCGCGGGAACACCUACUCGAGGGCCCACGUGUCCAGGAAUUCGGACUCGUUCGAGUUCUGGAACUUCACCUUCCACGAAGUGAGCCAGCACGACCUACCGGCCAUCAUCGACUACAUCGUGGAGAAGAAGAGUAGCGAUGUGAAGAUAAAUUACAUCGGACACUCCAUGGGCACUACCGUUCUAUUCGCCCUGCUCUCGACGAAACUCCAGUACAACAAAGUGCUAAGAGCGGGCUACGCGCUCGCCCCGUCGCGUACA